ACAAUGGGUCACCUAUUUGGUCGUACUAUCGGAAGAGAUUUGCUCUUCUACUGUUUAAUCCGAUGGAGGACGGAUGCGGUACCUGAGCUUUGCCUCGGUGACUGUCGAUGGACAUUGUUUAGCCCACUGGGCUCCUGGCCUUUGUAUUCUCUCAACGUACACGGCAUGUCUUUCAACCGAAAACAAUGAAAGCUGCACGUCAGUGAUGAGAGCCUUUUCUAAAAAAAAAAUACAAAUGCAAAACCCUGAGCUAACCUGCUUCCACCUGCAACCAUUAACAGAGGAAGUGGUCACAGGGUUCAUGUGGGAACAAAUUAACACAGAUCAGUUCUAUGAAAUGAUGUGCACUACACCAUGGAAGAUGUUGAAAUGUAACUUUGUUUACCUGAUUGGUGUGACAUGUUAUGUCAGGGUUAUCUCUAAGUUAUCUGUAGGUUAACAUUGCGAAGUUGUCAACAAAUAUUUCGUAUAAGAUAUGAGGCAUAAAUACUUCCUAAGCCUCAGGGUACAUCAAAUCCAAAUGCUGAAUAGUUGUUACUGGGUGGCUCACUGAAAAAAGCAAUUGAACUGGAAGAUUGCACUGGCCAACUAUCUGGGCCAUUACACCAGAACAGAGCGCACGUGAUUUAGCACCGAGCCUUUUCUGGCUGGAGAAAACGAUGCUGAACGCUGGUAAACUUGGAAAAACAGCUCAAACAAUUCACUGCAUUGUCCUUCUGUCUCUGCCUCCCUCUCUGAUCCUGGGAAUACUGACCCACUGCGGAUCUCUGUUGGAACCACAUCGUAUUGAUCUACACACCAAUCAGCUCAACAAAAGAAUCUGGAGGGGUAUGUGGGCUUUGCAAGCCUCCCGAACCAAGUGUACCGGAAGUCUGUCAAGAGGGGCUUUGAGUUCACUCUCAUGGUCGUGGGGGAGUCGGGUCUGGGGAAGUCCACGUUGAUCAACUCUCUCUUCCUAACAGACCUGUAUUCAUCAGAGUACCCUGGACCCUCCCACCGGAUAAAAAAGACUGUACAGGUGGAGCAGUCCAAGGUGUUAGUGAAGGAAGGAGGCGUCCAGCUCCUUCUGACGAUAGUCGACACCCCUGGCUUCGGAGACGCCGUCGACAACAGCAACUGCUGGCAACCCGUCAUCGACCACAUCGACAGCAAGUUCGAGGACUACCUGAACUCGGAGUCGCGGGUCAACCGACGACAGAUGCCCGACAGCCGCAUCCACAGCUGCCUGUACUUCAUCGCCCCCUCGGGCCACGGGCUGAAGCCUCUGGACAUCGAGUUCAUGAAGCGGUUGCACGAGAAGGUCAACGUCAUCCCGCUGAUCGCAAAAGCAGACACACUCACGCCCGAAGAGUGCCAACAGUUCAAGAAACAGAUCAUGAGGGAAAUCCAAGAGCACAAAAUCAAGAUCUACGAGUUCCCCGAGUCGGACGAGGAAGAGGAGAACAGACUUGUGAAAAAGAUCAAGGACAAGCUGCCCCUGGCUGUGGUCGGCAGCAACACCAUCAUCGAGGUGAACGGCAAGCGGGCCCGAGGGAGGCAGUACCCCUGGGGGGUAGCGGAAGUGGAGAACGGCGACCACUGUGACUUCACCAUCCUCAGAGACAUGCUCAUCAGGACCCAUAUGCAGGACCUGAAGGACGUCACCAACAACGUGCACUAUGAGAACUACCGCAGCAGGAAGCUGGCUGCCGUCACGUACAAUGGCGUCGACAACAACAGAGCCAAGGGUCAGAACUCCACCAAACGUGACACAGGUGAAGGAAUAAGCCCCCUGGCCCAGAUGGAGGAGGAGAGGCGGGAGCACGUCUCCAAGAUGAAGAAGAUGGAGAUGGAGAUGGAGCAGGUGUUUGAGAUGAAGGUCAAGGAGAAGGUGCAGAAGCUCAAGGACUCCGAGGCAGAGCUCCAGCGGCGUCACGAGCAGAUGAAGAGGAACCUGGAGGCCCAGCACAAGGAGCUGGAGGAGAAGCGGCGUCUGUUUGAGGACGAGCGGGCCAACUGGGAGACGCAGCAGAGACUGGAGCAGCAGAAACUAGACGCGUCCAGAACCUUGGAGAAAAACAAAAAGAAAGGCAAGAUCUUUUAAACAAGGACAGUGCGACGGUGCUACCCCCCUCCCAGGUGUCGGGGCGUUUGCCAACAUUUCCGGUCAGGACACCCAACGGUCUGCGGCACUACCCUCUCCAGCUUUCUCCCUCCCUCUCUCCCCCCCCC